AUGGGCAAUGUUAACGAAAAAGUCGAAGCUGCUUCCACUAGCACUGUAGAAGAAAAUGCCGAACCUAAAAAAUUAAAGCCGUGUUGCGCGUGUCCAGAGACCAAAAAGGCGAGAGACGCAUGUAUUAUUGAAAAUGGACAAGAAAACUGCCAAAACCUCAUUGAAGCUCAUAAGGAGUGUAUGCGAAAACUAGGAUUCAAAAUUUAA